AUGUUUAACAAAGUCAUAGAAUCUGUUAAACCAAUUGAAAACGACAUAAAAAAUCCCGGUGUUCUUGUAGACCUUUUCGCCUCAAAAUUACCAGUUACAACCAAUCUAAUAGCAACACAAGCUAUAGAACAAUUUAUUUUAUGUUUUCCCAAGCAAUAUAGACAACACCUGAGGGAAACAAGAAUAGGAAAAUUUCAAUUGGUGUAUCCUACAACAUACAACUAUUACGAAGAAGCAAAUGAAUAUGGAGAACUCUCAUUCCAUUUCACACUUUCAGUUCCUGAGGGAGAAGAAAAAGCAAUCUAUCAUGUACAAUCUCUUGCAGGAUGUGAAGGAAAACCACACAUUAUAACUACUGUUGCAAUUGACAAACCUGCAAGAGUCGAAGACGAUGUUUUGUUCGCGUCCAUUGCUGGUUUUGGCAUGGGAGAACCAAUUCCAAUUUCCCAUUUCACAGAAUACUCAGCACAACAUUUUCAAAAUGUAGAAUUCGUGUUCUACGACCAGCAAAAGUUCCUGCUCACAAAACCAAAGAAACAAUUUGUCUCAAUAUUUGUUGCUGGUCAUGUGGCUGACAAAGAGCCAUCAGAUACUGACUAUGAAGAAGAGGAGGAGGAAGAAGAAAACGAUAGCGAUGUCGUUCUUAUCGAAUAA